CGUAUCGUAUCUAGUGUAAAUGGAGGUGAGCAUUUCUCGCAAAGUCCUUCCCCGAGACAACUUUUGCCGCGAAGGCAAUCAAACUAUCGCCGGCGGCCUUAUCAAUUGCUCGGUUGUUAUCGGUCCCGAUUUUAUACGUCACGAGACAGGCCGGAUCCGGUAAUAGAUUCCAAAGCUAUCUUCACUGCCAACACAUACAUAAGGAGACCUGGCAUGCUCAUCAUCCCUCGGUCAGCAAUAACUCAUCCCUUGACGCGUUUCGAAAUGUCUUCCACUAUUCGUAUAGCGAUGCUCAACGCCGACACACCAGUGCCUGUCGUCCGUCCAAAUUACCCCACCUAUGGGCAAAUGUUCCAUAAUCUCCUAGUGGCAGCAACCUCGCGCUUAUGUCCAGAGAUCAAGAUUCAGUCAAGCUACUACGAUGUUGUAAAGUCGGAGUUUCCAGAAUCGCUGGCUGAUGUCGACGUUGUCCUGGUAACUGGUUCCGCCGCUUCAUCCUAUGAUGAUCAAGAAUGGAUUCGCCUACUUGACAAGUACAUCCUUGAAAUAUACACCAAUCAUCCCCGAAUCAAGUUGUUUGGUAGUUGUUUUGGGCAUCAAAUCAUAUGCCAGAGCCUUUUACGAAGAUAUGGUGUACGGGUCGAGAAGGAUCCCAACGGUUGGGAGCUUGGGGUGCAGGAGAUUGAGCUUGAGGCGAAAUUCCGGGCGGCUUUAGGGAGUAAUGAACUUCAAGUCAACUCAGACCUGAGACUCCCUAAAAAAAUCCCCGAAACGAUGAGGGUUCAAUUCAUUCACGCCGACCAUGUCAAAAUCCCCUCGCCACCGGCUUUACCAGAAUCAUGGCUGAUGGUUGGCCGAACGGAGCAUUGCGGUGUGCAAGGGGUUUUUCAGUCCAAUAGAGUCCUUACUCUACAAGGCCAUUUCGAGUUUGACAGGUGGAUUAGCACUGAGAUCAUGAAAGUCUUCGGUGCAUCAUGGCAACCCAUGGAGUUGAAAAAGACCUUCGAGGCGAUCGAUGCUGACGACGAUGCCGAGGCAGCCGCAGAAUUGGUACUGCAAUUCUUUUUAGAGAAAGAAAGGAAUGGGGAUAGCAUGACUUAUCAAGUAGCAAAGGGUUUACUAACACCGCCACUCAACGCUUGAUCCUGCACACGGUUAUUUCUAGUCUAAUGGCUCCCCCGCCCGAGUGGUGGCGACAGAAAAGCUUUCAUGCAAUCCGAUCCGGCGACAAUGGGGAGAGAGAAUCCUGCGGCUUACCCUUUCUGAUUCGAUUACCCAAUAAGAGCUAUUGCGAAAGGCUC